AUAAAUAGAUCCCAGUGUGAGGUCGGGACACCGUUGUGUGGAGCCCCUUGACAGCCGUUUAUUAGGUAGGUCAGUGAAAGAAGCAGUGAGCUUUGUGAAAUCUGGCUAGUUAGGGCAAUACUGGUCAAUUACUCAGUAUUGAGGUAUUUAUAAGCAUGGCUCAGACAAACCCAAUGCCAACAGGACCAUGGAAGAUCACAGUAUAUGACCAGGAGAACUUCCAGGGCAAACACAUGGACUUUACUUCUUCCAGCAAGAACAUCAUGGAGUGUGGAAUUGACAAUGUUCGUUCACUGAAGGUGGAGUGUGGAGCCUGGGUGGGUUAUGAGCACUCCAGUUUCUGUGGGCAGCAGUUCAUUCUUGAGAGAGGAGACUACCCUCGCUGGGAAGCAUGGAGUGGCAGCAAUGCCUACCAUAUUGAGAGACUGAUGUCCUUCCGCCCAAUCUGCUGUGCUAACCAUAAGGAGUCAAAGAUCAUAGUCUUUGAGAAAGAGAAUUUCAUUGGACGCCAGUGGGAGAUAAGUGAUGAUUAUCCCUCUCUUCAGGCCAUGGGCUGGCCAAACAACGAGAUCGGAUCCAUGCAGGUCCAAAGUGGGGCCUGGAUUUGCUACCAAUACCCUGGCUUCCGUGGCUACCAGUAUCUCUUGGAGUGUGACUGCCAUGGAGGCGAGUAUAAACACUACCGGGAGUGGGGAUCCCAUGCCAGCACCUUCCAGGUGCAAUCGCUUCGCCGUGUCCAGCAAUGAGGACUCCCCUCUUCACCCUCCCAUGCCAAUUUCCACCUCCUUGCUCAACUCCUCAUCCUCCCCCUCCUUCUCAUCUUCAUCCUCUACCUCCUCCUUUCCUCUGCUCUUCCAUUUCUGCUAUGACCAGACCAGUUAUGGCACAAGCUUGAUUUCUGGUGCUACAUGGCAAAGUGUUAAAUGCUUUGCUCUUGCCAUUUCCAAAAAUAUGGGAGUGACAGAUCACAAGCAUGCAGUAGCCAUGAAUAAAGCAGUGAUGGGAAUUCAGUACUUAUCAUUGUCACAGUGUGAUCAAUGCUAAAGUGAUCAAUA